AUGGAAGACAAGAGACACAGAUGGGAACCAGAGACACAGAUGGAAGACAAGAGACACAGAUGGGAACCAGAGACACAGAUGGAAGACAAGAGACACAGAUGGGAACCAGAGACACAGAUGGAAGACAAGAGACACAGAUGGGAACCAGAGACACAGAUGGAAGACAAGAGACACAGAUGGGAACCAGAGACACAGAUGGAAGACAAGAGACACAGAUGGAAGACAGAGACACAGAUGGAAGACAGAGACACAGAUGGGAACCAGAGACACAGGCGGGAGACAGAGACACAGAUGGGAACCAGAGACACAGGCGGGAGACAGAGACACAGAUGGGAACCAGAGACACAGAUGGAAGACAAGAGACACAGAUGGGAACCAGAGACACAGAUGGAAGACAAGAGACACAGAUGGGAACCAGAGACACAGGUCGAAGACAGACAAACACAUGACAUACAGGGAUGUCAAAAUACACUUUCCCAAUAA